AUGGCGAUUGCUCUCGCUGAGGCAGACAAGUAUGAGAUCCUCGAGAAGAUCGGUUGCGGUUCCUUCGGGAUCAUUCGCAAGGUCAAGCGGAAGACCGAUGGAUUCAUCCUCUGCCGCAAGGAGAUUAACUACAUCAAGAUGUCACAGAAGGAACGAGAACAACUCACCGCAGAGUUCAACAUCCUGAGCUCCCUCCGCCAUCCGAACAUCGUCGCCUACUACCACCGCGAACACCUUAAGGCCAGUCAGGACCUUUAUCUUUACAUGGAAUACUGCGGUGGAGGCGAUCUUAGCAUGGUUAUCAAGAACCUCAAGAAGGUCAACAAGUUCGCUGAAGAAGAGUUCGUCUGGCGCAUCUUGUCACAGCUCAUUACCGCUCUGUUCCGCUGCCACUAUGGCCACGACCCUGCGGAAGUUGGAUCCAAUAUUCUGGGCCCCCAGCCCAAGUCUACUGGUCUGAAGGGAAAGCAGGGAAGCGUCACUAUUCUCCACCGUGACCUCAAGCCGGAGAACAUCUUUCUGGGCAGUGACAACACCGUCAAGCUGGGCGACUUUGGAUUGUCCAAGCAAAUGCAGUCCCACGACUUUGCCUCCACCUAUGUUGGCACCCCGUUCUACAUGUCACCUGAGAUUUGUGCUGCGGAGAAGUACACCCUUCGAUCCGACAUCUGGGCUGUUGGAUGCAUCAUGUAUGAGCUUUGCGCCAAGGAGCCCCCCUUCAAUGCUCGCACCCACAUCCAGCUUGUUCAGAAGAUCCGCGAGGGAAAAUUCAACCCUCUGCCCGACUGCUACUCCCCUGAACUCAAGAACGUCAUUGGCAGCUGCCUGCGCGUUAACCCUGACCACCGUCCGGAUACCGCUGCGUUAAUCAACCUCCCCAUCAUUCGUCUCAUGCGCAAGGAGAAGGAAGUCGUGGAUCUGGGCAAGAUUCUCCGUCGCCGUGAAGAUGCGGCCGUCACCAAGGUCCGUGAGAUGGAACAGGCCUUAGCCAAGAUCGAGAAGGACAAGCAGCAGAUCAAGGCCGAGAUAGAGAACACUGUUCGCCGCGAGUGGGAAGUCAAGGCCCGUCUUGAAAUCGACCGACAGGUCCAGGGUGAACUAGAUCGUCUUCGCAAGCGCUUUGAGAGUGAGGUUCAGGAACGGGUGUCUAUCGAAUUUCAAAAGGAGAAGCAGAAGCGCAACAGUAACUCUCGCGACGAUGUUUUCCGUACUAGCACCACCCUUCACCACUCGAAUUCCCGUCCAUCCUCUCAGGCCAGUGGUCGUGUUUCGCGUUCCUCUGUGAACACCAGCGAGGACUCCAGCACUCCGUCCAGCAGCGAUACCAGCCAGCUCUCCCUGGAGUCACCCACGUCCAACUCCCAGAAGCAGAAGCGUGAGACGCGCACACCCUUCUGCCGGGCCAAAACCACCGCCGUCGUCGAUUCGCCUCAGGAUGUUCAAAUGGCCGAACCCUCUCCGAUCUCCAUCGCCUCCCUCUCUUUGUCGCCUCGCCGUACCUCCGCGACCGCUGGUUCUCGUAACAUCUUCGCCGAGGCUGAGCGUCAGAAGGCCAAGUGGGAGCCUACUCUCGCAUACUCCGACGAUGAAGAUGACACUCCUGAUCUUCCCUCGCCCACCCGUCCCAAGGUCAAGCCUGACCCCUUCAAGGCUCCUCCCCGCCAGCUUCUUCGUCAGAACACGGCUUGCAUGAUGCAGAAGCUCAGCACCCAGCCCACUCUCUUCCCUUCGAACGGCUCUCGUCUCCCUCAAUCUACCGCCGGCUCCCCCACCCGCUCCGAGGACCGCAAUGGCAUGAGCGACAGCCGCUCCAAGUCUCCUCACCGUCGUCUCUCAAAGAUCCCCUCCUCUGCCAACCUCGCUGCCGAUGCCGGCUCCCCCACCCGCAAGACUGCUUCCAAGGGUACCUCGUCUAAGGUGAAUGCCAAUGGCGGAGACGAGAUGUACAAGGCGGUUAUGCAACGCAACAUGGGUGGCCGCACCCUGGUCGAACUUGCUCAGGCUCGCGCCGGCGGUCGUCCCAUGGACGAGGUCAAGCGCUGUGCCAGCGAUUCUCGCGCCACUUCCUCCAAGCUGGGCUGCUCCGAGCGCGAGCCUCCUGCCAUCUGGGAUCCCGAGCGUGAUGAGAUGCCCAGCCCCUUCCUUGCCCGCGGCAAGAAGGUCAUCCGCAACCUGCGCUAA